AUGAUCCGGCACACAGCGUUUGACCCAGAAGUUGCAAACAAAGUGUGUGGUGUGCUUCAACCAUUUUUGCUGUCACUGGCAAAGUCUUCAAACCCCACAACGCUGAGACAAUGCAACCAAAUCCACGCAAAGCUCGUUGUCUCCCAAUGCAUUUCACAAACCCACUUAACCAACACCCUCUUGAGUCUGUAUUCCAAAUUUGGUCACUUUCGCCAUGCCCACCUCCUGUUCGACCACAUGCAUCACAAGAAUGUUGUCACCUGGACAACCUUAAUUUCAUCGCAUCUCCGAACUGGGUCACUUUCAAAAGCCUUUGAGAUGUUCAAUCACAUGCGUCAAACGAAUGAGAGGCCCAAUCAGUACACCUUCUCUGUUCUGCUUCGAGCUUGUGUUACUCCUUCAUUGUGGGAGGUGGGUUUGCAGAUUCAUGGUCUGCUAGUUCGAUCUGGGCUUGAGCGAGACAGGUUUGCUGGGAGCUCUAUUGUGCAUUUGUACUUUAACAGUGGCAGUAAUCUCGGGGAUGCAUGCAGUGCUUUUCAUGACUUGUUGAUGAAAGACCUUGUUGCAUGGAAUGUUAUGAUUUCUGGAUUUGCUCAUGUUGGUGACUUUAGCAUGGUUCAUAGGUUGUUUUCUGAGAUGUGGGAGGUCCAAGGAUUGAAACCUGAUCAUAGUACUUUUGUUAGCUUACUCAAGUGCUGUUCUUAUUUGGAAGACGUAAAGCAAAUCCAUGGGUUUGCAUCUAAGUUUGGUGCUGAAGUUGAUGUUGUGGUGGGCAGUGCUCUGGUUGACUUGUAUGCCAAAUGUGGGGAUGUAAGUUCUUGCAGGAAAGUUUUUGACUCCAUGGAGGAGAAGGAUAAUUUUGUUUGGAGUUCUAUCAUUUCAGGCUACACCAUGAAUGAUAGAGGGGAGGAAGCUGUGGACUUUUUCAAGGACAUGUGUAGACAAAGGAUUAGACCAGAUCAGCAUGUGUUAUCGAGCACUUUGAAAGCUUGUGUUGAACUGGAAGACUUGAACAUUGGAGUUCAAGUGCAUGGCCAAAUGAUAAAAUCCGGGUAUCAAAGCGAUUGUUUUGUAGCUAGUGUGCUGUUGACUCUCUAUGCAAGUUUCGGUGAACUUGUGGAUGUGGACAAGUUGUUUAGAAGAAUUGCUGAUAAAGAUAUUGUAGCAUGGAACUCAAUGAUCCUGGCUCAAGCUCAGCCGGGGCGAGGAUCUGGUCCCUCUAUGAAACUACUACAAGAACUUCGCAGAACGACCUCAUUGCAAAUUCAAGGUGUCACACUAGUUGUUGUGUUAAAGUCUUGUGAGAAUAAAUCAGAUUUGCCUGUAGGUAGACAGAUUCAUUCACUUAUAGUAAAAUCAAGUUUGAGUCAUCAUACUUUGGUUGGCAAUGCACUAGUUCACAUGUACUCUGAGUGUGGACAAAUUGGUAACGCAUUUAAAGCUUUUGCCGAUAUUGUCCGGAAAGAUGAUGGUUCUUGGAGUUCUAUUAUUGGAACUUAUAAACAAAAUGGCAUGGAAUCAGAAGCUUUAAAGCUAUGCAAAGAGAUGCUGGCGGAUGGAAUCACCUUUACCAGUUAUAGCCUUCCAUUGUGUAUUUCAGCUUGCUCACAACUUUCAGCCAUACAAGUGGGUAAACAACUCCAUGUUUUCGCCAUCAAGUCUGGUUACAACCGUGAUGUAUAUAUUGGAAGUUCCAUUAUAGAUAUGUACGCUAAAUGUGGAACCAUGGAGGAGUCGGAGAAAUUUUUUGGUGAACAAGUCGAGCCAAAUGAAGUAAUUUAUAAUGCCGUGGUCUGUGGAUAUGCUCAUCAUGGAAAAGCACAAGAAGCCAUAGAAGUAUUCAACAAGCUAGAGAAGAAUGGUUUGACCCCCAAUAACGUAACUUUCUUAGCUCUGUUGUCAGCUUGUAGCCAUUCAGGUUAUGUAGAAGAUACUUUGUAUUUCUUUACAUUGAUGCUUAACAAAUACAACAUUAAGCCAGAAUCUGAGCAUUAUUCAUGCUUAGUUGAUGCCUAUGGCCGGGCAGGAAGGCUAGAGGAAGCUUAUCAAAUAGUGCAGAAGGAUGGAAGUGAAUCAGCAUGGAGAACAUUACUAAGUGCUUGUAGGAAUCAUAAUAACGCAGAAAUUGGAGAAAAAUCUGCUAUGAAGAUGAUAGAAUUGAAUCCCAGUGAUCAUGCUUCGUACAUCCUUCUUUCAAACCUAUACAUUGGAGGGGGAAAAUGGGAAGAAGCUCUUAAAUGUAGGGAGAAAAUGGCUAAAAUUCGUGCCAAGAAAGAUCCAGGAAGUAGUUGGUUGGUAUGA